AUGAGCGAGCCAGAUAUGAAGGCUGAUCCUGCACGAGCAUCUGCUCUGAUCUCCCAGUUACAGAGCGUCAAUCAGAGAAUAGCAGCAGUGGCUAAGGGUCGUUCAGUACGACUAGUGGCCGUCUCAAAACUCAAGCCGGUCAAUGACAUCCUCGCCCUGCACGAGUCUCCGGCUCGGCAGUUGCACUUCGGUGAGAACUACGCGCAGGAGCUGAGCCAAAAAGCCGAGCUGUUACCGAGAACGAUCCAGUGGCACUUCAUCGGCGGUCUGCAGGUGGCUAACCGACUCAAAUCAGGCCGAUGCAAAGACAUCGCAAAGAUCCCUAACCUUUGGUGCGUAUCGAGCGUGGACAGUCUCAAGAAGGCGCAGCUGCUGGAUAAGUACCGCGGCGAGAAGAUCAAAGCCGAGCCUGACACCCCGAAACUCAACGUCCACGUCCAGGUGAACACCUCGGGCGAGGAAUCCAAGUCCGGGUGUCCGCCGGGCGACGACGUCGUGUCGCUGUGCCGGUCCAUCGUCAACGAUUGCCCCAACCUCCACCUGCUGGGCCUGAUGACCAUCGGUUCCAUUGCGAGGAGCGUGGCGACCACGGCGGAGAACGAGAACGAGGACUUUGCGCUUCUGAGGCAGCAGAGGGAUCUUAUCGCGAAGGAGCUGGGCCUCGAUAGGGAGCUGGAGCUGAGCAUGGGCAUGAGUGAGGACUUUGAGGGCGCCAUCGCGAUGGGCAGCAGCGAGGUCCGCGUCGGGAGCACCAUCUUUGGGCAGCGGCCGGCCAAGUCGGAGGCCAAGAUUGUAGCGUAA